AUCCCCCGACCCGUUAAUCGGGCGGAGCGCAGUGCGCGUGCGCCGUGGUGGUGGUGGUCGGUGGGAGGGGGCGGGCUGCUGCUUGGCGUUGGCUGGGUCGAGUCGCCAUGGGCAACUGCCACACGGUGGGGCCCAACGAGGCCCUCGUCGUGUCAGGUGGUUGCUGCGGGGCGGACGAGAAGCAGUACGUCCACGGAGGCUGGGCCUGGGCCUGGUGGUGCAUCUCUGACACGCAGAGGAUUUCCCUAGAGAUAAUGACGUUACAGCCCAGGUGCGAGGACGUAGAGACGGCGGAGGGGGUAGCUUUAACUGUCACAGGUGUGGCCCAGGUGAAAAUCCUAACUGAGAGGGAGCUUCUCGCGGUGGCUUGUGAGCAGUUCCUGGGCAAGAACGUGCAGGACGUCAAGAAUGUGGUCCUCCAGACGCUCGAAGGGCACCUGCGCUCCAUCCUAGGGACCUUGACUGUCGAGCAGAUCUACCAGGACAGGGACCAAUUUGCCAAGCUCGUGCGGGAAGUGGCGGCUCCUGAUGUGGGCCGGAUGGGCAUUGAGAUCCUGAGUUUCACUAUCAAGGAUGUCUACGAUAAAGUCAGCUACCUGAGCUCACUAGGGAAGACCCAGACGGCCGUGGUGCAGAGAGACGCCGAUAUCGGGGUGGCCGAGGCAGAGCGAGACGCCGGCAUCCGGGAGGCAGAAUACAAGAGAGAAAUGUUGGAUGUGAAGUUCAUGGCGGACACCAUGGUAGCCGACUCGAAGCGUGCCUUCGAAAUGCAGAAAGCCGCCUUCAGCCAAGAGAUCAACGUGAAGACGGCGCAGGCCCAGCUGGCGUACGAGCUGCAAGGGGCCAAAGAGCAGCAAAAGAUCCGCCAAGAGGAGAUCGAGAUUGAGGUCGUGCAGCGCCGGAAGCAGAUCGACGUUGAGGAGCAGGAAGUCAUCCGCAUGGACAAGGAGCUCAUUGCCACCGUCAAGUUGCCAGCAGAGGCAGAGGCACACCGCAUGCAGGAGAUUGCCGAGGGAGAGAAGGUGAAGCAGGUGCUGAUCGCUCGGGCCGAAGGGGAGAAGAUCCGCAAGAUCGGAGAGGCGGAGGCCCUGGUGAUCGAGGCCAUUGGCAAAGCGGAGGCUGAGAAGAUGAAGCUCAAGGCAGAGGCCUACCAGCACUAUGGGGAGGCAGCCAAGAUGGCCUUGGUCCUGGAUGCCCUGCCCCAGAUUGCCGCCAAGGUGGCUGCACCUCUCUCAAAGGUGGACGAAAUCGUCAUCCUCAGCGGAGAAAACAACAAGCUGACUACAGAUGUGAACCGGCUGCUGGCUGAGCUCCCUGCGUCUGUCCAUGCCCUCACGGGGGUCGACCUCUCCAAGAUCCCGCUCAUUCAGAAAGCGACUGGAGCCCAGGCCUGAGCGGAGGCCAGCUGGUGAAGAGCCCCCCUCUCCUUCCAUUUAUGCACUUCCCACCGACUGCCGCAAACACUGCGUGCUCCUCUCUUCAUCCGUGGAGACGGUGGGGGCUACUCUCGGGUGCCUUAUAUCUUUUGGGGGACCUGAGCGGGGCGCGUCCCCGCUAGUCCUUGCAUUUCCAAGAGAGGUUUCCUCCUUUUGUAACCCCCCAGCCCCGCUCUGUGUCAUGCUAGCCAACACUUUCUCCCCUCUCUUGUCUGUACUCUUGCAAAGUCUGUGCCUUGACCGACCGCUGCGCCGUUCUCGGGGCAGGGACGCACCCCCAAAUUGGGAGGAGGCCCGACGCUGGGCCCUGCCGCCCCCCAGUUGAGGAGAACUCCCCCCUCCCAUAUGCUUUUGUGCUGUGAUGGCGGGGGGCAGGGUGUCCCUGGCCGCUGCCCGUCUCAGUGCCACCAGCGGAUUGAGGUUGAGCCAUAUCUGCCAGUGGGGUGCCCUGCGGUCCCUGUGCUUGUGGAGCUCCAAAGGGGGAAGGGGGGGCAGGCGGCACAGGUUGGAGGGUGGAGGCCGCCAUAUUGUUACGCCCCCCCCCCGGUUAGCCCAACCCCUUGCCAGGACCUCAAGCCGUCCCCGCAGCCCAGGGCCAAAUCAAUGCCACGACCUCUCGUUCCGCAAACGCCAUGAACAUAUCUUGCUCGCCAUCAGUCCGGAUACACACACACACACACACACACACAGUGCCUGAUUUCUUUGAUGGUCCAUCAUGCCUGCCCUCAAGAAUCCCUCUGGGCAUCCUGCCUUCUGCUCCCGUGUCUUGCAGAUGCCCGCCAGGCCGUGGUCAGCCUGCAUAUGCUCCCCGGGGCUCUUUUACCCCUCCAGAACUAGAAAGGGAGAGGAAAGAGACGCCCUCUGGCAAACUGCUUCCUCCCUGAGCCAUGGGAGAGGGAGCCGGUCUUGUGUCCCAAGCUGGGGAUUUACAAGCAGUCCCUCCCUGCCCUGCCCCACUGGCGAGAGGCCCUGGAGCCCACUGCCUGGCCACAGCCCCGGGGCUGGCAUUACCAGUGGAGGGCACUUCCCACCUGCACCUCUUGUCUCUGCCGGCAGCUGCAAAACACAGCCCCCCCUCUCUUUCCCUGCUCCUCUGUGCCGUAGAGAUCCCCUUCUCCCUUUGCGUUAUGCUACACGGUGCCCCCACCCUCCAGGUAUAAACAUGGCUCCAUGACAGUUUGGGGAAGGUGCAGGAGGGCAGUGGGAGGCGCUCCCUCCCCACCCCACCCCCCUUUUGCAGGGUUUCGAUGCACCUUCCUCCUCCCCAGUCUGUACUGUUCACACACACGUCUGUACUGUUGAUUAUUCUUACAUGUGAAGCGUGCCUGUUUGCUCUCCGCAUGCCCGGGGGGGGGGGGGAGGGGGGUUUAACCCAGCCAUGCUUUCUUGCAAUUGCCUCCUGUGCAGGCUGCUGCUGCUGCUGCAUUUCAGAGCCCCCCCUCACUUUUUAUACCCCACCUAAGUACUGUGAAGGAGGUGGGAGGGUGCCAAGUUCUUUAUUUUUAUUUUAUUUCAAGCAGGAUCUGGGUUUGUGCCGCCAAAGGUUUAAUGGGGGGCAGCAGAGGGGGUUAUGGGGGGGGUUCUGGAAGCUUGGGUGGAAGUGAGGGGCUCUUUGGGGCCCAAGCAUGUUCCCCUCACCCCCACCACACACACAAAGGCCUGGGUGGUGUUCUGUCCCCCUCUGCCAGCUUUCAGGGGGUGGGCAGGAGAGAGCGCUGGAUUCCAGUCUCCAUUUCCCCCCCCCCAAAAAAAAUGCCGCCUGCUCUCCUGCCCCCCCACGCCACGCGUUCUCUGCAUGGAUAUGUGGUGCAUGACCGCCUGUGCCAGGAUUUGCCGGGGGCCCCGUGUGCAUCCCAAGUGUGAAAUAAUGUACAAUAAAAAGUUAUUGUGACCUCA